CUUUUUUUCUUUCUUUCUUUCUUUCCUUCUUCACCACCCUUCAUCCUUUUUUCUUUCUUCAUAUCCCAACUCCAUCUUCAAACUUUUUUUAUCUCACACCAUGGAUUUUCUCUCCGACAUUGGUCACCGCAUCUCGGACUUUGUCAACGGUGAGGACCACGACGAACACGAAAGGACUCAGACUCAACAACACCAACGCCGUGCUGAAGAACAACAAGAUGAUGGCCGAGAUCCUUUGGUAGAUGAUGACGAGGAAGUCGAGGAUGCUGCUAUCGAGGCCGCACGUCAAGAAUACGAGUCUAUUCUUCCCUCACCUCAAUUCAAGGUCGGGCCUAUUCUCCGCUUCCAAAACAUCAUUGUUGAGCAACGUCGCUGGGUUGGUUCAGUCCUCAUUGUCUCCGAUCGUGAGGACGUACCCCGUCUGGUCAUCCGUGACCCUACAAAGUCCCAGAUCGGUUAUUCUCGUCCCCGCCAUCUCGAGACCUGGGAAGGCAAUCACUUUUACAGAUACGAUAUUCAGCUGACCCUUCUAGCCCAUCGUGAGAAAAAUAUCGAGUACUGGUUUGAAACCGAGGAUGGUCGCCGGGUGCACCAGCCUCAGAAAUGGAACUUCUUCAUCCCUGCCCUGGAUGAACCCUUCAACUGGGCUUUCUACUCCUGCAACGGCUUCACCUCCGAUGUCGAGGAUCCCGAGACCAACUUCAAGGGCGCUAACCCUCUGUGGGAUGAUCUCUUGGCAAGUCAUGAUGGCAAGCCCUUCCAUGCCAUGAUCGGAGGCGGUGACCAGAUUUACAACGACGAUGUCUUGGCUAUCCCCGAAAUGCUCGAGUGGUUGGGAAUGGAUGAGGAAACGAGGAUCGCAACUGAAUUCACAAAUGAAAAGAAGUACGCUGUUGAGAAGUAUUACUUUGAUCACUAUGCUCAGCACUUUAUCACCGGCACUUACUCCAAGGCCCUGUCCCUGAUCCCAUCAGUCAAUACCUGGGACGAUCAUGAUAUCCUCGAUGGAUAUGGCUCCUAUCCCGACAACUAUCAGCUUUCGAAUGUUAUGCAGGGCAUCGGUGCUGCUGCCACAAAGUUCUACCUUCUCUUCCAGCAGCACUCUACCCCGAACCACGCUUCCAAGGCUGCUCUCAUCACCUCUGCUAGCGGCAAGGGUUAUAACAACAUCACACACUUUGGAAAACGUACGCUCGUCGUCCUUCCUGAUACCCGCUCCGAGCGUUCCAAGGCAACUGUUCUUUCCAAUGAGACCUAUGAGAUGUUGGACCGUGAGAUCCGUGCACAGAUGUUGCCCACGACCCGCCACGUUGUUGUUGUCCUUGGUACUCCCUUGGUAUACCCAGCUUUGACCUUGUUCGAGGACACACUCGAGCAGAUGGGUGACUCCUUGUCGCGUGGAAGUCUCAUUGGUAAGGUCUUUGGCAAGAGCAAGGCCUUCAUGAACGUCUUGGGUCACUUUGGUCCAGAGUUGUUGGACGAUUUGGUUGAUGCAUGGGCUUGCGCCGUUCACACUGAUGAGAAGAAGAGGUUCGUUGAGAUCUUGCAGGCUAUCGCUGUCAGCCGCAAUGUCCGUGUCACCUUUAUCGCAGGCGAUGU